CGGCUCCUCCUCCUCCUCUUCUCGCCAUUGCAGUUGGACUCAGCAGCCCGGUGCGCACCGCGUGGCUUUUGGGGGGAGACCCCGGCGGGCUGUGGCAGGAGGGCGGUGGCGGCGGUUGCGGUCGGGGAAGGGAACGCCGACAAGAUAGUUGAAGUAUUGAUAACACCAAGGAAAUCUGUCACAAUUUGAAAAGAUAAGCAAACAUUUGAUUUCCAGACACUACAGAAAAAAGAAGUAAAGAUGCGUCCAAUGCGAAUUUUUGUGAAUGACGAUCGCCAUGUGAUGGCAAAGCAUUCUUCUGUUUAUCCGACCCAAGAGGAACUGGAGGCGGUCCAGAACAUGGUGUCGCACACAGAGAGGGCGCUCAAGGCCGUGUCCGACUGGAUAGACGAACAGGAGAAAGGCAGCAGCGAGCAUGCGGAGUCUGAGAAUGUGGACGUGCCCGCGGAGGAGGAGGCCAAAGAAGGGGCUGGGGAGCAGAAGACGGAGCACAUGACCAGAACCCUGCGUGGCGUGAUGCGCGUGGGCCUCGUGGCAAAGGGCCUGCUGCUCAAGGGGGACUUGGAUUUAGAGCUGGUGCUGCUCUGUAAGGAGAAGCCCACGACCGCCCUCCUGGACAAGGUGGCUGACAACCUAGCCAUCCAGCUCGCUGCGGUCACAGAAGACAAGUACGAAAUACUCCAGUCUGUUGACGAUGCUGCAAUUGUGAUAAAAAACACAAAAGAGCCUCCAUUGUCCCUGACCAUCCAUCUGACAUCUCCCGUUGUCAGAGAAGAAAUGGAGAAAGUAUUAGCUGGAGAAACGCUAUCAGUCAACGAUCCCCCGGACGUUCUGGACAGGCAGAAAUGCCUUGCUGCCUUGGCGUCCCUCCGACACGCCAAGUGGUUCCAGGCCAGAGCCAACGGGCUGAAGUCGUGUGUCAUUGUCAUCCGGGUCCUGAGGGACCUAUGUACCCGCGUGCCCACCUGGGGUCCCCUCAGAGGAUGGCCCCUUGAGCUUCUCUGUGAGAAAUCCAUCGGCACAGCCAACAGACCAAUGGGUGCCGGCGAGGCCCUGCGGAGAGUGCUGGAGUGCCUGGCGUCGGGGAUCGUGAUGCCAGAUGGUUCUGGCAUUUAUGACCCUUGUGAAAAAGAAGCCACUGAUGCUAUUGGGCAUCUAGACAGACAGCAACGGGAAGAUAUCACACAGAGUGCGCAGCAUGCUCUGCGACUUGCUGCGUUUGGCCAGCUCCAUAAAGUUCUGGGUAUGGACCCCCUGCCUUCUAAGAUGCCCAAGAAACCAAAGAAUGAAAACCCAGUGGACUACACAGUUCAAAUCCCCCCCAGCACCACCUAUGCCAUUACGCCCAUGAAACGCCCGAUGGAAGAAGAUGGGGAGGAGAAGUCUCCCAGCAAAAAGAAGAAGAAGAUUCAGAAGAAAGAGGAGAAGGCAGAGCCUCCCCAAGCUAUGAACGCACUCAUGAGACUCAACCAGCUGAAGCCGGGAUUGCAGUAUAAGCUGGUUUCCCAGACCGGUCCGGUCCAUGCUCCCAUCUUUACCAUGUCUGUGGAGGUGGAUGGCAACUCAUUUGAGGCCUCUGGGCCAUCCAAGAAGACUGCCAAGCUGCACGUGGCCGUUAAGGUGUUACAGGACAUGGGCCUGCCUACCGGCGCAGAAGGCAGAGACUCUAGCAAGGGGGAGGACUCCGCUGAAGAGACGGAAGCAAAGCCGGCCGUGGUGGCCCCUCCGCCUGUGGUGGAAGCUGCUUCGACCCCCAGUACUGCCUUCCCCUCUGAUCCCACCGCCGAGAACGUAAAACAGCAGGGGCCGAUCCUGACCAAGCAUGGCAAGAACCCUGUUAUGGAACUUAACGAAAAGAGGCGUGGCCUCAAGUAUGAGCUCAUCUCCGAGACCGGGGGCAGCCACGACAAGCGCUUUGUCAUGGAGGUCGAGGUGGAUGGACAGAAAUUUCAGGGUGCUGGCUCGAACAAAAAGGUGGCAAAAGCAUAUGCCGCUCUUGCCGCACUAGAAAAGCUGUUCCCUGAUGCUCCUCUCGCCCUGGAGGCCAACAAGAAGAAGAGAGCCCCUGUGCCCGUCAGGGGGGGACCGAAAUUUGCUGCUAAGCCACAUAACCCUGGGUUUGGCAUGGGAGGCCCCAUGCACAAUGAAGUGCCCCCGCCCCCGAACCUUCGAGGGCGGGGAAGAGGAGGGAACAUCCGAGGUCGAGGUCGAGGGAGAGGAUUUGGUGGCGCCAACCAUGGAGGCUACAUGAACGCUGGCGCUGGGUAUGGCAGCUAUGGGUAUGGAGGCAACUCGGCAACAGCAGGCUACAGUCAGUUCUACAGCAACGGAGGGCAUUCGGGGAAUGCCGGUGGUGGCGGCGGCGGGGGCGGUGGUGGCUCCUCCGGCUACGGCUCCUACUACCAAGGCGACAACUACAACUCACCAGUGCCCCCGAAACACGCUGGGAAGAAGCAGCCCCAUGGGGGCCAGCAGAAGCCCUCCUACGGCUCGGGCUACCAGUCCCACCAAGGCCAGCAGCAGUCCUACAGCCAGGGCCAGUACGGCAACUAUGGCCCCCCACAGGGCAAGCAGAAGGGCUAUAACCAUGGACAAGGCAACUACUCCUCCUACUCGAACUCCUACAGCUCCCCCGGGGGCGGGGGUGGAUCAGACUACAGCUACGAGAGCAAAUUCAACUACAGUGGUAGUGGAGGCCGGAGCGGCGGGAACAGCUACGGCUCAGGCGGGUCGUCCUACAACCCAGGGUCACACGGGGGCUACGGCGGCGGUUCUGGGGGCGGCUCCUCAUACCAAGGCAAACAAGGAGGCUACUCGUCACAAUCAAACUACAACUCCCCGGGGUCCGGCCAGAAUUACAGCGGCCCUCCCAGCUCCUACCAGUCCUCACAGGGCGGCUACGGCAGAAACGCAGACCACAGCAUGAACUACCAGUAUAGAUAAAGCCCCCCGAGGGGUGAAGAUUUGUACCUUCUGCACUUACCCCUCGUUGUAAGAUUCAGUUUUAUGCAUCACAGUUAACAUGUCAGCUGGCCCCUCCAGGCCCCCUCCGCCCCAACCUGUCCACGUUGCCGUGUCGUGAGGUGCAGCUGGUCACCCCCGUGGCCCGUCCUGUGACCCAUAUUUAGCCGUGUUUGGGGCUUCCGUGUCUUCAAUGGUUUGUUAGUUGCCAUCACAACUUUGUCCGAGUAGAGUUUUGAGUUCUUGCAGUUCCGUAUCCCUCUGUCUAUUUACGGUUGGUGUUCGUGUUAACUCAGUUUGUCUUUAAAUAGCCACAGAAGGGAUACAUUAUCUGUUAAUGCUUUUGUGAAGUGAGUUAAACGAGCUUUCUGUAUUUUAAUGCUUUAGUGUUUCAGUUUUAUAAGUGAAGAUUUUAUUUUAAAAACCAGUGGGAAAGAGUGGGGGUUUUUGUAUGUCUGGAUCGUUCAGACAAUACAUCUGAAUUAAGCUGAAUGUAGACAAAUAAAGAAAAAGAAACUCUGUGCCUGUCGUAGGCCUGGGUGUCUGACCCACCAGCAGUGUGAAGGGCAGGUUCCUCCACUGUUCCCAGCACGGGAAGGCAGGGCGGGGGUAGCAGGGGAGUCCCCUGUCACCAAAAGGUCCAGCUCCAGGCCUCUAGAUGCCUGUAGUCCAAGGUUGGCUGGGGCCAGCGAGCCGGUUACAUGGGACUUCGUAUUCCUGGUGUCCCAGGGGGCUCCUGGUGGUGUGCAGAGUGGCUUAUGAGCGGCUCGCGCUGGUGUUCGGGGAUUUGAUCACACAAUUCCGCAUGCUUGCUUUUCUGCUCCGUGAAUUCUGGUGUCGUUUUAAGUGCAGUUUCAAAUCACCAUGGAAUGAAAUGUCCAAGGUUUGGUAUGUGUAACCUGACUGAAAAAGGCCUAUUGAAUUUGGCUAAAGCACCCAGGAUCUGGGGAACCCAGCCAUAGAACCUUCUACAUCAGGAUGGCGUGGUUCUGUCUCGGACAGUGGCGCCUUCCUCCCUGGUGCCGCCCCCGCCCAGAGGCUCAGAGUGCGCCUGAGUGGUUGGGGCUCUUUGUCGCGGCCCAGCCCCGUUCUAGCAGGUUUCCCUGGAGCGGUGCUUCUCAAUCCCAGGCAGUUUUGCCUUGUAUGGGGGACAUAGUCAUCCAGUGGGCAGAGACCAAGGAUGCUACUGACCGUUCUAUAUGGAAGUGUCUGCUACGAGGAGGUGGAGGAACCUGCGGUGAGAGCGGCGCUUUCCAGCUCUGGCCCUGUCCCAGGGGGAGGGGGCCCUGACUGCCUUGGCCCGGGCUUCAGCUCAUUCUCGGGAGAGCCUCUUGGCUGAGCCCUGGGGCUGCACUUCUGCAGGGACCCUUCUUGCCGUCUCUCUGCCAUCUCUCAGACCAGGCUCAUUUGAAUUCUGAAUCCUGAGGAGUCCCUCGGCUUCUUGUGCUUGGUUAGCCAUAUGCUUUGGAAGAAGAUCAAAGUUUUUUUUGCCUCAGAACUCUUCAGCUGAGUCAGAAAAUCCAGUGUUCCUUCAAAGGAUGAAGCUCUGCUUUGGAGAGGUGAGAGAAAGGUGUUCUGCGCUAGACAAAAGAAAACACGGGAAGAAUUUUGCCUUCGCUGGAGCAGAGGAGGACCCGGGGUGGUCCAGCUCGAGGAGAGGGAGGGAUGAUGUGAUGCCCGCCCAAGUUGUGGUCCGCAGCGCGAGCAUCCAGGUUGGCCUGCCGCAAGCUGGCAUCCCUUGAGUGUGUGUGUGCACUAGUGGAGAUGAGGCAGACCUGAGAGGUGGUCCCCACCCAGACUUUGAUGAGAUGUGACAACAUCUGUGACCCAUCGUCUCUCCUAGAUACUUCCAGGGGGCUGGGACAAAGAGCUCCUCGCGAUCAGUAGGACCUUGUGUUGAAAUGAGAUAAUGGGCUGUGGUUGGUGCCUGUACCACCCAGAAACCCAUGGAGGGGGAGGCCCCACUGCCCCACCUCCCAAAUGCCUUCAAACUGUGGGCCUGUGUUCUCCGCACGCAUCUCUCACCGCCAUCCUGAAGUUUCUGAACACUGGCCCUUCACAAGGGCAGGAAUCUCAAGGCCAUGGAAGAAACCCCCAGGCCAUCUGAAGGUGGAGGCCUCAGGGAGCUGUGACUUGGUGCCAUGUUCCUCUUGUGAAAAAGGGCAGAUCCCUGGGUGGCUUGUCUCAGAUGGAUGCGUGUCUUGGUCCCUGGGCCUGGCCUGAGCACUCCCCAAGGCAGGCCAGGUUGUGUUGACGUGAGCGACGUUCGUUUCCAAGAACAGCAGUAUGGGAGAAGUAGGAUCUUUUCGUAUUUCUGCCAGCUUCUGGUGACUUUGGGCGUUCCUCUGCUCCUGACAGCCUUACUCCAGGCCCCGUCCCCCUCACAGGACCUCCCUGUGAGCCUCCGUGUCUCAGAUCUCCUCUCUUAGAAGGACACGGGUCACUGGAUUUCAGCCCCACCCUAACCCAGGGUGAGCACAUCCCGAGAUCCUUCACGGUCACGGGUAACGGCAGUUAGGACGUGGAUGUACAUUUUUAGGGGACACCAGCCCACUAAAGAGUUGGGUGAAGGCUUUACCCGGCGCUGCCAGCACAGCCCUGGGAGGUUGUCGGCCACUGCCAGGAUCAUGUGGUCAGCACAGCAGGGACCUGUCCGAACGCGACAGCUCACGAGCUCACACACCCCUUGGCACCCUCACUGGGGACCUCGUUGGUGCUAAUGGCACUGGGAUGCAGCUGGCCAGCAACACUAUCACAGCCCGCAAGACCUGCCGUCCCCGGAAGCUGGGUUCGGGAAAGUGUGGCCAACACUGAGCAUGGACGAGGCCUGGGUGCCAGCGUGGCACUCCUUCCGAGCUGACCGAGGCCUUUCUGGGCCUGUGGCCCUCUACACACAGGAAGCCAUCCUGGAGGAGGUUCUCACUGAGGUUCUUCUCCAGGGCCGCCUGGGCCAGGGACACGGCAGGCAACAGAGAGAUGCCUCAGCCUGCGUGCCGCCAGAGGAGGGUGUCCUGCGUCUUUCAGUUGUGAGCAGAGAUCGCCAGGAGCCUCAGCAGGAAGAGCCACUGGCCCACAGGCUUACUCAGCAAGCCGAUCCGGGUAGCGUACUUAACUUGGUGGAUAGACCACGAGGGUCAGUGACCCAGGACUGGACAUUACCCCAGAGGGCCCGGGAGCCUUUGGAGACAGGGAGAAAGGCCUCAUGCCUGAGGGAACACCUGGACAUGUCGGGGGGCGGGGCUGAGAUGACAUCAGAGGGGCAGGGCCUUGCAGGGAAUUUUAGCUGAUCCCGUGGGGGAGGUGUGGGGUGGUUGAGAUCUAGGGACCAAAGGGGGCCCCUCAGCAGUAAUGGGACACAGAUUCAGGAUUUCCACCUUUUCUGCAUUGAGCAGAAUCACUAGGGUACUGGUGGUGUUCCUAUGGGCUGGGGUCCAGUCUGACCUGGAAGUUGACACCCAGUUGCUUCCACUCCAGCAGGGAAAUGUCCCUCUGACCACUGACCAUUCUUGGGUAGUCAAUAAGGCCUGUCCCACCCCGGAGCACUGACUUGGUCCUGGCCUGGCCUUUUGCCGCUGGGCUCAGCCUCAGGAUUCAGUCUGCAGGUGUGAGCCCCACGCGAUCUGUGCCCUUUGCAAACCCAUCCUGAGACUUCUGGACACGAUUAUGGGCCACACACCAGCGAGCCUUCUUGGCCUGGAUGCUCAUUCUAACCCAUCCCAGAAUAAAUGGAAACUUCAUGUGUU